AAGCAGUAACCGUUCUGGGUCUUUCCUGCUGUUGUUUAUCCAGUACUAUGGAUUUUUCCACAUCCAUCUCGGAUCGCGAGGCGGAGCUUCAGGGGCAGCGGAAAAACCAUGUUUUCAAUUGCGUUCCCCGUUUCCUGUGCGAUUUGAUGGUUGUAUCCGUUUUAUUAAUGCUGCUGUGGAUGUUCUUCUUCGUCGCCGAGAAAGACCAGAUGAUAAGCCCAGUUGCGCGAAAGGCAAUAUUAUCGUUGGGUCUCUGCUCUUCAUCGUCUUGUCGACCCUACAUUUUGCGCUCCUUCGCCGUUGCGUAUACAGGAAGCUCUGCGGAGGUUUACUGUGCUGCAGGGAUCUAUUCGGGUAUGAUGAAGUACGCCGUAAUGAUGAACAUAGCCGACGUGGUCACGCUCUGGCUGGAAAACAGGAGAUGCUUCUGAUGUCGUGGGACUCCUACUUUUUUAGUGGAGGCUGAUACUCUGGCUGAAAAUGGCGUUGGUAGCGGCGCUCCAGUAGCAGAAAUUUCCACCUCGGGCGUUGAGAACAACGAUAAGGCGAGGUCGACGCUACGUGUCCUAGCCCAUCACUUCUACUCGCCGACCCAAGAAUGUUGCCUCGGUUGCUGUCUCGGUUGUGGCACGGUCAAGCGAGUCUCACCGCCAGAAGGCGAUCAAGAGGAAAUUUAUUGUAACUGGAUAAAUGUGGGAUGGAUGUUUGCCGUGCUUGCGGGGUUCGGUUUGCUGUUCGUCGUGAUCCUUUUUGUUGUCUUCGUAGUGGUAGCCGCGAGCGGCGGCACGAAGAACCGAAAAUGGGCUGGCUAAAGGCCUGGAUCCGCGGUUUUUCGAAGCGGCGGUUCCUCUACAUCUUCCUCCUCUAAUGCCGCUGCCACAUAAAGAAAACUCCGAGUCCGACAAUAGUACAUUAUACCAUAUAGAAACGAAACAGUUCACUUUGCUGCAGCUGCUCUAAACUUUUUUUCACUCAUAUGGAACCCUUUCCCCCUGUUUUUUGAUAAUACUUGCUGGAUGCUGCGGUGCUCGUCUAUGGUACUCUACCUCUAGAUGUUGUUCCAUCAUUCUAGCACUGUUCUCUCCGCUUCAAAGCUCAUUUCGUCUUGCAUUCGACUAGGCUUUUGGUGUUGGCAUACCUAAGGCAACGGCAAGUUAUUCUGCCAAGCAGAUGAAGUGCUAAAUUUUGCAGAUUUUCGUGGGGCGUUUAAGGUUCCGCCAUACUAUAUAUGUACCAGGGAGGGAGGCCCCCCCCCCCCUGUGGAUGGAUCUGGGGUGGACCACGCCAGAGGGGUCCAGCCUUGCCACCUUAUUGGCCAGGCCUGUCGAGGGGCUGCCGGGCGGGAAGGCCUCAAAGCGCCCACUUCUGACCCCUUCCCGCUCCUUGCAUGUACCCUACAGACCUGGCAAAGGCAGGGCCCCGCUGGCUUGUUGCAUGUACCCGACAGACCUGGCAAAGGUGGCAAAGGCCGGGCCCCGCUGCCUUGUUGCAUGUAUCCACCGACCCGGCAAAGGGGGCAAAGGCAGGGCCCCGCUGCCUUGUUGCAUGUAUCCACCGACCCGGCAAAGGAAGCAAAGGCAGGGCCCCGCUGCCUUGUUGCGUGUACCCUACAGACCUGGCAAAGGGGGCAAAGGCAGGGCCCCGCUGCCUUGUUGCGUGUACCCUACAGACCUGGCAAAGGUGGCAAAGGCCGGGCCCCGCUGCCUUGUUGCAUGUACCCUACAGACCUGGCAAAGGGGGCAAAGGCGGGAACCCACCCCCUUGGCGUAGGGUUGGGCACACGCAACACGACAAGAGGGCCCAGCCUUUGCCACCUUUGCCAGGUCUGUAGCGUACAUGCAAGAAGCGGGAAGGGGUCAGAAGUGGGCGCUUUGAGGCCUUCCCCCCCGGCAGCCCCUCGAAAAGAGGGGCCGGGGCUGGGAGGCCCCCCCCCCUCAAAAAGUUAGAUCGGGGGGGGGGGCCUUCAGCCCUGAGUCCUGGAACAUAUAUAAUAGUAUCUGAUACUAAAUCUUCGAGCUUCAAACACCAACUCGUCAUGUCCUGAGGUGAGCAAAGGCGUCAAGUUGGCGCGCUCCGUCGCCUAUAGUUUCUUCGAAACGUGAUGAUGGCUGAUGAUAAUGAUGGGCCGGCGAACUACGCAUUACCAUUAUGCGAUUCUCAUCGGAUGGUAGCUCAAUAGCUCAAUUCCUUCAUUGGAGUACACUUGUCCCAG